AUGUUUCACCCACUAAGCAAUAAAGAAUGCUUCAUAAAAGUUUUCCUUGUCAUAUCCACAGUGACGGUUGUGUUGGCGGAGCCAAUGGAGAUCGUCUCGCAGAAUGAACAAUCACAACCGUUUAUAUUUAUUGAGAGAAUGAAAGCGGCGCCAGGGCGGGCACUCGAAGCUCAAGUCAAUCCUAAUUUUUCGCGAUUAUAUGUAAUGUGGCCAAAACUUCUGAUACGUGUAACGUCCGAGUGGCAACAGUCUGUAUUGGCGAAGAGUUUUGGCAUAGCGAAGGUGCCAAACGAGCAGGAAAUGGCGCAUUACAAUUAUGAACGCCACAAUUUAAGAAAUAUGGCUGCAGAAGUUGCAAUGGAGAAUCGCAUCAUUAACGUCGUUGUCACACUGAUGCAAAUACUAUUGGCCUUGGAUAUUGCCAUACUUGUGGUCUUCAUCAUAAUGCUGCUCAGCUACUUUUGCAAAACUAAGAAACCCAAGCAAGAGGUGGAUGUGGUGAAGGCGUAG